AGAGACAGACCAGUUCUGAGAUCCAGGAACUGGUUUUAGAUAAGGCGGAGGAGGAAAAGGGAAAUAAAAGGGAGGAACCCCCCAAAAGAAUCCUUCUCUCUCUUUCUGUCCCCCCCCCCACCGCCCCCGCCCUUCCUCUCUCUGUCUCAUCUCCCCUCUCCCUCUGCUUCUUCCUCCUGCCUCAGCAGAACUUAUGUGGUUGGGAUGCGGGGCCCUCGGGUGUCAAAACUUUAAGAUUAAUGGAUUACUUUGUUAAUGACUGCAGGCGUCAGACUGAGGUGCUUAAAUGAUUUGUGAGGUGCGAGGCGUCUUCCCGACAGUCCCAAACAAUGCGCGGAGUGUGCGGGGGAGGCAGAGGGCAGCCGCCGCCGGGACCCGCUGCAGGGCUCACCACUCGCACGCACUCACACACUCCCACACACACUCCCAGGCGCACACACCAGAUCCGUGCUGAUCAGGAGGCAGGCAGGCACCCUCGCCCCCACGCACUCCCAGGCAUCCCUAACCCACACCCACAUAUAGGUAUUUUUGCCCUGAAAAAAGUGUAAAUAAAGCCUCGCUGGCCCCCAAUGAGGCGUUCCUUCCCGACUUUUUUGGAUCAAUCAAACAGACAGUGGCUUCUUUUGAUUAAAGCCCAAAUUGUCAUUGGGCAGAAGCAAUCAUGUGACAGCCAAUUCGGUCCAAUUUCAACCUUGUCUCCAUGAAUUCAAUAGUUUAAUAGUAGCGCGGUCCCCAUACGGCUGUAAUCAGUGAAUUAGAAAAAAAACACCCCAGCAGCGAUCUUCUAUGAUAGAUUUUUUUUUUCCCUCCGCGCUCGCCUUUUUCCUGGGCCUUGCCCCCCCAAAGCCCCUCCAGAAGAGGGAACUUUUUCUCCGAGGGGGCUCCAAGGAGAAGGCCAUGAAUUACGAAUUUGAGCGAGAGAUUGGUUUUAUCAAUAGCCAGCCGUCGCUCGCUGAGUGCCUGACAUCUUUUCCCCCUGUCGCUGAUACAUUUCAAAGUUCAUCAAUCAAGACCUCGACGCUUUCACACUCGACACUGAUUCCUCCUCCUUUUGAGCAGACCAUUCCCAGCCUGAACCCGGGCAGUCACCCUCGCCACGGCGCUGGCGGCCGCCCCAAGCCGAGCCCCGCGGGCAGCCGCGGCAGCCCAGUGCCCGCCGGCGCCCUGCAGCCGCCCGAGUACCCCUGGAUGAAGGAGAAGAAGGCGGCCAAGAAAACCGCGCUGCCGCCCGCCUCGGCCGCUGCCGCCACCGGCCCUGCCUGCCUCAGCCACAAAGAAUCCCUGGAAAUCGCCGAUGGCAGCGGCGGGGGCUCCCGGCGCCUGAGAACUGCUUACACCAACACGCAGCUUUUAGAGCUGGAAAAAGAAUUUCAUUUCAACAAGUACCUUUGCAGACCCCGAAGGGUGGAAAUUGCAGCGCUGCUGGAUUUGACUGAGAGACAAGUGAAAGUGUGGUUUCAGAACCGGAGGAUGAAGCACAAGAGGCAGACCCAGUGCAAGGAGAACCAAAACAGCGAAGGAAAAUUUAAAAGCCUUGAAGACUCUGAGAAAGUGGAGGAGGACGAGGAAGAGAAGUCGCUCUUUGAGCAAGCCCUCAGCGUCUCCGGGGCCCUUCUGGAGAGGGAAGGUUACACUUUUCAGCAAAAUGCCCUCUCUCAGCAGCAGGCUCCCAAUGGACACAAUGGUGACUCCCAAAGUUUCCCAGUUUCGCCUUUAACCAGCAAUGAAAAAAAUCUGAAACAUUUUCAGCACCAGUCACCCACUGUUCCUAACUGCUUGUCAACAAUGGGCCAGAACUGUGGCUCUGGCCUAAACAAUGACAGUCCCGAGGCCCUCGAGGUCCCCUCUUUGCAGGACUUUAACGUUUUUUCCACAGAUUCCUGCCUGCAGCUUUCAGAUGCAGUCUCGCCCAGUUUGCCGGGUUCCCUCGACAGUCCUGUAGAUAUUUCAGCUGACAGCUUUGACUUUUUUACAGACACACUCACCACAAUCGACUUGCAGCAUCUGAAUUACUAAAAACAUUAAAGCAAAACAAAGCAUCACAAAA